AUGUCCGACUCCACGCUCUACCUCUACACCUCCCUAACUGCGGGGUCCUCUCACAUCAUCACCGCCACCUCACGGCUCGAAACCAUCCUCAAGGCGAAUAAGAUCCCCUUCCGCGCAAUUGACGUUGCUACCGACGAUGCCGCGAGGAAGCUCUGGGGCCGUCGCUCAAAGGGCAAGAAGCUGCCUGGUCUGGUUAAAUACGGGACUGUUGUCGGCGACCUCGAGCAAAUCGAAGAAUGGAACGAGUACGGCGAGUUGAAGAUGCAGAUUAACAAUGUUGAAGACUUCGACAGUAGCUUGCCUGCCACGAGUACUCCCAUCGCGCCGCUCGCAGAGUCCGCCACCACCACAGCCUCCGCACCCGCCGCCAGACCCCAGCUCCCCACACCCAAGCCCAGCACAAUCAAGAUCCAAGACCCUCCCGAGAAGGAAACACAAAAGGACGACUCCAUCGCCGUCGCGCUCCGUCAAGCCGGCGAACAAGCCGCCGCCAAAGCCAAAGAGUCCACGGCGAUUGCGAAACCAGUCUCAUCCAAACCCGCGGCACCGGCCCCCGAGCCCCAGAUUGCUUCUGUGACCGGAGAACCCAAGGAAGGAAGUGGCCUCCAACCUGUACGUCGCACGUCGGUCGCUCCUGAGGUCCCAGAGUCUGGGUCCCGGCCGCCUUUGGUGCCCGAGUUUGCUGCGGAGUCCUCUGCCAACUUUCGUGCUGAUAAUGCUGAAGCUUUAGGGCUGAUCAACCACCACCGCAACUCGAACAUUGUAGCUGAGUCCAGGGAAGAGGCAGAGAGGCUGGCCAAGGAGCUGCGCAAGUCGAUUUCCGGCGUGGACAACUCCGCCAACCACAAGACCAAUCUGCAGUCGCUCCGUGAUGAAAAGGCGAGACUCGACAGUCAUGAUGCUCUUGAUGAGGCGCUCGAGGCGUGA